AUGCCGCUUGAGAGCAAGACAAUCGUCAGAACGGGCGACAAAAGGCGGCGCGACGAUGAGGUUUCUAGCGAUGAUCGCCCCCAUCAACUUCGUCGACUUCAUGGCUCACAACGUGAGUCCGACCGCCCGCCUAGUGCAGUGGACUUCGCCGCUCUACAAGCUCGAGUAGAUGCGAUUGAGAAACAAUUCUGCAACCGCCGCCAUAUUCCCAAUGAACAGGACGAAGUGCUUAUGCUGACGCCAUCGGAUCAAAUGCAUAUCAUCGAUGAUCAGGAUAGUCGACCUUCGCUAAGCGCCCUGCGUAGGGAGACACAGUCCCUACCUGUGCAUAUCAAGGGUGCCUUUCCAGCUUCGGCUUUUCUCGACGGCGAUCGAUUCCAUACUGAGGCGUUCCUUGAAGAACUGUACCGACCAAAUUUCUCAAUACCUGAGGCUAUCCUAUCGCUCGUCAAUGAAAGCGACAAGGUCAAAAACUCCUGCGACGAGUAUUUCAAGACCAUUCACAUCUGGUUUCGGUUCAUAUCCGCCAAGAAGCGACUGGCAGCUCCAUUCUCUGAAAAUUGUGAGCCGGAUAUAGUCGCGCUUGCUCUGGCAAUGAGACUCAUGACAUCCGACCCCGACGACAACACUUGCAGCUACUUGUAUAAACAGACCAAAGGACUUUUGGACACGCUCGUAGCUAGAGGGGUUGUGUCCCUGCCAGUUCUUCAGGCAAUGAUCCUUGUCACACUUUACGAAUAUUGCCACGCGGUCUACCCUGCCGCCUGGAUGAGUAUUGGAUUAUGCACUCGGUACAUUGAGCUUGUGGGCGUAUCCUGGGCAACAAGAGAAACGGCUUUCCAUGGGUCAGUAGACACCGUUGCGCUGAGAAAGCCUGAAUCCCUGGACUAUGAUGUAGUCGGGGACCAUGAGUACGACUGGCAGCCAGUAGUCUCUGCAGAACACUCCGGGUUCUCACGACUCUGCGAAGCCGCCCUCCUGAUUGACAGCGCACUUAUACUAUCUCGCAUUGAGGGCACACUCGAUCAGGUUCAUAUUGACGAUAUCAUCAGCCAUUCAAGGAAAAUUCUGAAUUGGAUCGAUACUGUCGACCAGGAGUCAAAAUCUUUGACCGGCACCGACCUCACUCUUCGACUGAUCGGACCUCGCUUCGCCGCUCGCUCGGCUCUGUUCCUCUGCGUCAAAAAGCUCACCUUGCGGGCAAAAGUUACCCUAGACGGCACAUACCUACUGAAGCCCCAUCACGGUGACAAAUCAGAGAGUCGUGAAAUGGAGAAGAUAGAGAAAUGCUCAGCGAGACUUGUCUGGCAGGCGAGUCUGGACAUACGAAACAUUUCGAAAGCACUCUACAACCAAUUAUUCGACGGUAAUGAUCCCAUCGGAAAUUUAGGUAUCAUAUCGCCGUUCAUACUUGAUGGGGUGUAUAAUGCAUCCUCCAACCUCCACCGGCUCUCAGAGGAUGGAGAUAGUAGCCAAUCUGACGUACUGAGUUUAACAACUUUCUUGGAUGAGCUCAGUAUGCGAUGGAGGUCUGCAAGAGAAUACAGGAGGUUGUGUGAGGACAACGUGGGCAAUAUGCCAGGACUGGUGGAAAAGAGUUGA